AUGGAGUGCCUCAGCAAAAUUAAUCUCAUACAGAAGGUGAAUGCGGAGCUCUACAAAAGUCUCGGGGUGGAGGAUGACAACUUAGCAGAAUAUUUAAUUUACUUAUGUAAAAAAGCCCAAUCGUUAGAAGAGUUCUGUAAAGAGGUGUUUGAAAAUGGAGGAGAAAUUGAGCAUUCUGUGCUGAAGUACCUGUAUGAUAUUAUUAAGCUCCCCGGUGGGGACUCCUCAGGAAAGGCAUCCGGGAGGAAGGAAACGGGUAGAGAUGAUGCCGAGGAGGAAGAACAGGAUGGAAUGGACAAGGAGAAGAGGCUGGAAAUUAAAAUGAUUGAGAAGAAAAAUGAGAAGAUGAAAAGAUUCCACUGCUUGACCAUCAAGAACGAUGAGCAGCUAACGAGGCUGUCCGAGGGGAGCGGCGCGGAGGGGGGUAGCGACACGGCCACAGGGGGGGGGCGCCAUCGGGAUGGGAAGCGCCAUCGGGAUGGAAGCCACAGCCCAGAUGGAAGCCAUAUCCAGGAUAAGAACCGACAUGGGGACCGCCACCGGGAUAGGGGCCGCCAUAGAGAUAGAAGCAACAGCCGGGAAGGAGACCACCAUCGACAUAGAGAGCGCCACCCGGAUAGAAGCCACAGCCGGGAAAUAGAGCGCCAUCGACAUAGGGGCGACCACAGCCGCGAAGGGCACCGCAAAAGAAGGCGGCUCGAUGGGGCGGAGGCGCGCGCGCUACGGGUAAACAACAUCUUCACUGGAACGGUGAGCAAAAUCAUGGACUUCGGCAUUUUCGUCUCGUUCCGAACCGAGCCGGGGGGAUACAAAGAAGGGCUGGUGCACUGCACGGACAUCUUGCCAAACCGCAAGAGAGUAGUCAACAUGAAUGAAAAAUUCCAAAAGGGAAUGAAAGUGAAGGUAAAGGUGAAGGCAAUAUUCGGAGAAAAAAUAAACUUAAACAUGUCAGAGGUAGAUCAAAAAACAGGAAAGAAUCUCGUGAGUGACGAGGAAGACGAUGGCGAUGGGGGAAGUGCACCCACCAGAAGAGGAAAAGAAAAAGACAAAAAUGUGAUAUCCAUAUUUGACGAUCUGCAUGAAGACUACAAAGAGUUGAAGAAACACAAUUCAGAUGUUUUUAAGGAAGAUCCAAAGGAUACAAUGAAAUAUGAAAGUGUGAUAAAAAUGCAAAGCGAUUACUCCAAGUGGGAAAUCCAGCAGCUAAUAAAAGGUGGAAUCAUCUAUGAUGAGCAGUUAAAAAGAGAAUAUAAAAAUCUACGACAUGAUGAGAAAAUUGAAGACGAAGAGGAAAUAAUUGAAAUUGAGGUGAACGAAAGGGAGCCAGCGUUUUUGAAAGGACAGACGACAAAAGCUGGGGCGAAACUGUCCCCUAUACAAGUCAUCGUUAAUGCAGAAGGGUCUCUAGCAAGGGCUAUAACGACCACCUCUGCUUUGGCCAAGGAGAGGAAGGAACAGAAACAGAAUGAACAGAACGCUAUCUAUGAUAGCAUCCCAAAAGAUAUUAGUAGACCAUGGGAGGAUCCAAAACCUGAGUUGGGAGAAAGAACCAUAGCAGAGGCAUUAAAAAAUAUUGGCAAGAAUUAUGACCUCCCUGAAUGGAGAAAAAAUUACCUACACAAUAAUAUCUCCAUUGGGGUUAAAAACCCUAUGCCUGUAAAUGAGCAGAGGGCAAAGCUUCCAAUCUAUCAUUUGAAAAAGGACCUGAUGAAAGCGAUUGCUAAGAAUAAUGUCCUCAUUGUCAUUGGAGAAACGGGAAGUGGGAAGACAACCCAGAUUCCUCAAUACUUACACGAAGCCAACUACACGGAGAGGGGUAUCGUUGGAUGUACACAGCCGAGAAGAGUUGCUGCAAUGUCCAUUGCCAAACGAGUGAGCGAAGAGUUUGGAUGCAUUCUAGGUCAGGAGGUUGGUUACUCCAUCCGUUUUGACGACUGCACUUCGAAUGACACCAUUAUAAAGUAUCUCACCGAUGGUAUGCUCCUUCGGGAGACCCUCAGCGAUACGAUGCUCUCCAAGUAUUCCUUCAUCAUACUUGAUGAAGCCCAUGAGCGGACCAUCUCAACGGAUAUCCUCUUCUGUCUUUUGAAGGACGUCGUGAAGAGGCGGCCCGACUUCAAGCUAAUCGUGACGUCCGCCACACUGGAUGCGGAGAAAUUUUCCACCUACUUCUUCAACUCGCCCAUUUUCACCAUCCCGGGGAAGAUCUUUCCAGUGGAGAUUCUGCACUCGAAGGAACCCGAAAGCGACUACGUGGAGGCCUGCCUCAUCACCGUGCUUAACAUCCACCUGAACGAGCACCCGGGGGACAUCCUGGUUUUCCUAACGGGUCAGGACGAAAUCAACACGGCGUGUGAAAUCCUGCAUGAGCGAAUGAAGAAGCUGGAGAGUAUGUCCCCCCCGCCGCUGAUCAUUCUGCCGAUUUAUUCAUCCCUGCCAUCGGAGAUGCAAAGUGUUAUAUUCGACCCGGCCCCACAGGGAUGCAGAAAGUGUGUCCUGGCGACCAACAUAGCAGAAGCGAGUUUAACUAUAGACGGAAUUUUCUUCGUCAUCGACCCAGGAUUCUGUAAAAUUAGGAAAUAUGACUCGAAGAGAGAUAUGGAUAGCUUAGUGGUCGCGCCCAUUUCCAAAGCGAAUGCUAAGCAGAGGGCAGGUCGAGCAGGCAGAACAGGUCCAGGCAAAUGUUACCGUCUCUACACAGAAGAAGCAUAUAAAAAUGAAAUGGCAGAAACGAGUAUCCCAGAAAUACAGAGAAUAAAUCUCGGUAGUACAGUACUGCUUCUAAAAGCACUAGGAGUAAACGAUUUCCUUCACUUUGAUUUUAUGGAUUCCCCAUCAGUGGAUACCCUUAUCCAUUCUCUGGAAAAUCUAUACUACCUGGGAGCUCUGGAUGAUAACGGGUAUUUAACAAAGCUAGGAAAGAAGAUGUCGAAUUUUCCAAUGGAACCUAACUUGUCCAAGAUAUUAUUAACGUCGAUAAAUUUUAACUGUGCAGAUGAUGUUGUCACCAUAGUUAGUAUGCUGAGUGUACAGAACAUUUUUUAUCGCCCUCAGAAUAAAGCCCUUUUGGCAGAUAAAAAGAAAAAUAAAUUUUUAAUGCCACAAGGAGAUUUAAUAACCUAUCUUAAUAUAUACAAUAAGUGGAGAGAAAAUAACUAUUCCAAUUAUUGGUGCCAUGAGAAUUUUAUCCAUUCAAGGGCAUUGAAAAGGUCUCAAGAUGUGCGGAAACAGAUUCUGUCAAUAUUCGAGAGGUAUAAUUAUGAGGUACAAAAGAAUCGAAGCAGAAAUGACUCCGCUAAGUAUGCAAGUAUAUGCAAAAGUAUCUGCUCUGGAUACUUCAGUCAUGUCUGUAAAAGGGACGCUCAGCAGGGGUAUACUACGCUUCUAACAAACCAGCAAGUCUUUAUCCACCCCUCGUCCAGUCUGUUUAACAAGAACCCCCUGUUUGUUGUAUACCACGAGUUAGUCCUAACAAACAAGGAGUACAUUCGAGACUGCACCAUUAUCCAACCGCAGUGGCUGAUUCAGCUGGCGCCCAAUUUGUUCAUCCCUGCUGAUGAGAAGAAGAUCUCCAAAAUUAAGCUGCGCGAGAAGAUCGAGCCGCUGCAUAAUUAUUAUGAGGAACCCAAUGCGUGGCGACUCUCCAGGAGGAAGGGGUAG